CGUGUCGUUUUUUUUGGUCGAAACUCGAAACCUAUAUAUAGCUAGCCCAAAGGUCUCCCAACAAAGAACAAAGGCAGAGUUUCAAUACCCAUUUCACAAGGCGUUCCCCUCUUCUCUGGUAGUUGUCUUUCGUUAUGCUUGUUUAUAAGAUAUCUCAGCUCGGAGCUAGGAUUAUCAAGGAUCUCACAAGAGGGCAUUUGACAUCCGCAUCAAAGAUGGCACAAUCACAUGCAUUUUGCAAUCAUUAUUUGCAACCUCUGAAGAGUCAUUCUUUUUGUGCAAAAGCUUCUGACAAGGCCCAUGAAGAAUGGAAUGAAGAAAAAAAAAAAAUAUGCGUGACAUUUAUUGAGAAGGAUGGAGAGGAGAAGGUUAUUAAUGUUCCAAUUGGAAUGUCUAUGUUAGAAGCUGCCCUCGAACAUGACAUAGAUAUUGAAGGGGCAUGUGAAGGAUCGUGUGCCUGUUCCACAUGUCAUGUAAUUGUGCAGGAUAUGGAGUACUACAAUAAACUAGAAGAUCCUACUGAUGAGGAAAAUGACAUGUUGGAUCUUGCUUUUGGGCUAACUGAGAAGUCUCGUCUAGGUUGCCAACUGAUUGCAGAACAGGAACUUGAUGGAAUUCGCCUAGCACUGCCCUCUGCCACAUGAAACCUUGCUGUCUAUGGAUAAAAAGCAAAGGUACACUAGAUUUUUUCUGAUUAGAAGAUGCAAGAUUACUCAGGUAUUGGAUGGAACUAUCUCAAUUUUGUAACAUGCCUCAUCUUAGCAAAUUACAUGUGGCCCUGGCUACCAAAGUAGCUUGUUCAUAUUGACUGCAUUAUUAUUUUGUUGAUGAAUUAUAUAUUUAUCUACAAGUUCAGUGCCUUGUGGUUCUGUGGCACUUUAUCUAUAUAGAUUAGCAUUGCUUAUGUGGCUGCUAGUAAACCCUAAUUCUUAAUAUUAUCAAUGACUUCUUUUCUC